CCCCAUUCCCUGAUGCCUGCCUAUAAAAGAGCACCUGUGACUUGGAUUAGGGUUAUUUAGUCGAUGUAACUCGCUGAUGUAGCUACAAAGGAAGAAAUAGACCAACCUUUAAGGAUUAAACCUGCGUUCUUCCUGGUGAUUGAUUUGUACUUGUUAAGUGAAGAGAACUUCUCCAUUGAGAGCGUUUGCAUUUCAGCCGCAGCCUCCUGAUCUGAGCGUCUGCGCCGGACGAGGGGGCGGUGGGGUGGCGUGACGUCAUAUCAGCCACCGCGCUCUGAUUGGCUGCCUGGCUCUCACCCGACAGAGCUGUGAUUGUUUUCUGCAGAGGAAGCCUCUGAACGAGCGCCGUGCGCUGGAAUGAAGCGACCCUGUGUGUGUUUUUUUUGUUACUGAAGCGAUGAUGUGAGCGCACAACGUGACCGGAGUCCUUGUCGUUGAGUGCGGGAAAACAAAACAGGGUGGUAGUUUGAUCACUGGCCGAGGCGCCAACGAGCAGGACGGAAGUUUGGGUCACACAGUCUCAAGAGAGAUCAAGUAAAAAAAAAGUGCCAAAUGCCGAGACUGGAGGACCACUGCUGGAGCUGCUCUUGUUCUUCUAAGGCUGACACUAAGCAUUCAUCGGGGGCUAGCUGGGUCGCAUCCAAGGUUGAGGAGAUGAUGUCCAUCAUAACCACGGUGCUCGGGAGCGCCUACGGCUCUCUGCACGACGUCCGGACCACCAACCUGAUCCGCCGGGGUCUGGUCCUCUUCACGGUCGGGGUCUUCCUGGCCCUGGUGCUGAAUUUACUGCAGAUCCAGAGGAACGUCACUCUGUUUCCUGAGGAGGUGAUGACAACGUUGUUCUCCUCCGCUUGGUGGAUCCCUCCAUGCUGCGGGACGGGAGCGGCUGUUAUCGGCCUGCUGUACCCCUGCCUCGACAGUCAUUUGGGAGAGCCUCACAAGUUCAAGAGGGAGUGGGCCAGCGUCAUGAGAUGCAUCGCCGUCUUUGUAGGAAUCAACCACGCCAGUGUUAAGUUAGACUUUGCCAACAAUGUGCAGCUCUCCCUAACCCUGGCCGCGCUCUCCUUGGGCCUGUGGUGGACGUUCGACCGCUCCAGGAGUGGCUUCGGUCUGGGCAUCACCACCGCCUUCCUCGCUACUGUCAUCACACAACUGCUGGUCUACAAUGGCGUUUACCAGUACACAUCUCCAGAUUUCCUUUAUGUGCGCUCGUGGCUGCCGUGCAUAUUCUUCUCAGGCGGUGUGACUGUGGGGAACAUAGGACGCCAGCUUGCCAUGGGCGGUACUGAGAAGCCCCACAUGGACUGAACGCUGUGCUGCACUAAAGCAGGAAUAAGGACAGAUGAGUGAAGGGCAGCCAAAGUGGAGAUGGAGGAGUUCUGUGAGGAACAACAGGAGAAAAAGGACUCGUCACGUUGACUCCCUCUUUUGUUGCGCUGUCAGAGUGCAGGUCAAAGCAUCCCUUCAUAAAACGUGCCAUAGUCCUCUGCAGCAACAAGCCUCUUCCUCCCAUUAGCAUCCCAGCUUCCUUCACACCGAACGGGAGUUUCGCCUUUCGCGUGUUCAUGUCUGACGUGGAUGGUGGACUGGUUUUAAGCGUGGACAGGUCCUGGCGGGGACGUGAACCACCGAGUGCUACGGCGUCCGCCUGGACAGCUGACGUAGGAUAAAUAAAAGGGAAACGCUGUUUGAAGGGGCACAAGCAUGUCCCCGAACAGAAACGGUCGGUGUGCCUCAAAUUCACCCAGAGGGUGAGAAUGGACGCUUUUGAUUUCUGGGCUAUUUUUGGGAAAUCGUUUGCUUUCUCCUUUCAAAAUCCUCAAAAUUUGUGAGAAACUGGAAAAAAAAAGGGCCUUCGCCUUGACCAGAAUAUUUAUCUUUAAAGCAUAAAUCAAAGAAAACUGCUUAUUUAGCACCACUAAUGAAGCUAAAUGUGCAGCACAGGUUACGACUGAUUUCCUGUAGUUGCCAAUUUUUUAGAAGCUAAAAUCACAGGAAAAUUAAAAAAAAAAUCAACUUGACAUUUGCCUGUCACAUGACUUCAGUCGAUUUUAUUUCAUCCUUUCAACUGGACUCUCCUUCAGAUGUAAAAACUGACAUUUAUGCUAUUUGGUUCACAGAAACGAGGUUGUUGUUAGAUCUUUAAAAAGAAAAUAAAGCCAAUGAUUUCCCAGAAUGCUUCUUUUUGAGGAUAAUGAAUGAAUAGAAACAGGGAAAAAUAGGAAGUGCCAGUGACGUUGCUACCAACCUGCCCCGUGUGUCGUGUAAAACCCAGAGCAUUUUCAGAUUUUAGGCUCUGAGACUAAACGUAAGAUGUUUGGAGCACAAAAGUAUUUCUUUUCCUCUGGAUUUUGUUUCCCGUCUUAUGUUUGGGUAAAAUAGUUUCAAGCACAAGAACGUUUGUAGAAAAGUUAAAAUGUUUUUUGGUUUUUUUUUAAGAGUUUCAGCAAAAUCUCUUCUUUUUCUAGUGUGAUCGCACAAAUUGACCUAUUUUCGUUUCACACCUGGUUUGAUCCUUUUUGCAAAAUAUGCAGAUAAUUAAAGGGGAGGAUAAGGACGUCAGAUGCUUAAGAUUUGCAAUCUGUGAUUGCCUAUGUAUUGUAUAGAAUGUAGUGCUUUUGUCACUGUUGCGGUUUAGGUUUGUCAUUUUUCCGGAACACAUCACUGCAUCAUCAGACAGGUAUUCGUUCCACGUUAGACCAACAGUCUGUUAGCUUUGAGGGAUUUAGAAGUCAAAGUGCAAUCACACACUUAUUUAUUUUUUCUUCUGACAAAUUGCUUGAAAAAAAAAGAUUCAAAUAAAUGUUUGUGUGCAUUUGAAUUCAGGAAAAAGCAAUAACGUGUUUGUCUUUGUCCGAUUUUAUGCCUUUGAAAUCAAAACCAAUGAGAGACGGGAUGAAAAACAAACAGUUUUGUGGAACGAUCUGAAGAAAUCCUGAUGAAUUUUUGUAAAUACUCUUUGUGGAAGACAUCUUCAGGCCACAUUCAGGGGUGCAAAACAGACGAGGAAGCUUUAUGUUCCUUUUUUUUUUUUUUCUUUGCCGAUGAAACACCUUUUGUUUUGUCGUUGUAGUUUGUUAAGUGUUUGAAAUUUCUGCUGUGUAUUGUUUUUGCUACCAUGAAUUCAAGUGAAAAAUAAAAAAUAAAAACUUCCAAACAAG